CAAGGCAAAGCAAAGUGACGUGGAGACGGAAGAUCCUUCCAGUUCGUUUGCUAACACCGGCGACCAAACAGUAGAAAAAACGCUAUUAUUACCACAAACACCGGCAGUACUACUGCCAGUUCCAUCAGCAGAACUAUCCCCAGAAGUGCCACCAGUAACUCCUGUACAGGCAAAUCCAGACGGAGAAGGAGGUCUACCAACAGCACCAAGAGCCUCAGAGGCCUCAAAAAGAGAAAUGCAGAACAAGGCAUCGUCACCCAACAAAACGGGGUCCGAAUCACCGGACCGUCCUUCAAAGGAUGGUAUGCAAGAGCAAAAAGAUAAAGUCACAACGCAAUUGAAUACGACGAAAAAAGCAUCUGCCGGCGGUUUAGCGGAAACAACAGCAAAAUCCAUCUCUGCAAAUGAAAAUGGCGAUGUCCAGAAUAAGGAGGAUGAGGAUGAUGCUCGGCAGCCCAAACCCAACAGACCGCAGGACGACGCCGAAGCUGGCAACACCAACGUCGCUCCUACAGUCAGUGAGGCAGCAAUACAAACAGCGGAAACAGUCACCACCUCCAGAAAAAAUGACACGGCGCCGCCUGAAGACAGCGACGGCAGCACCGCGGCCUUCCACACCACCUCCCCUCUUUUGCUUCUUCUUCUUGUUUUUGCAUGUGCGGCGGCGGCGGCGGUGGAGGCCGCGUGA